CGCUAACCAUGAACAUUAAAAAAGAAACUUCAGUUACUUAAAUAUAUUCUUCCCCAAUUUGGCACAGGUCAGCCUUAUUACGUGACUGAGAAGCGCCGGACGUCUGCCGUAAAAAUGCCGACCUUCUUUUCGACAGGUUAAAUCUGCUCAGACUGGGGUUACAGGGUUUCUUGUAAUCUUUGGGAAGACCUGUAGUGUUUGUUUAAACGUUAUAGGAAUUAUCGGGUUCCCGAGUGGGGACGUCAUAGGGAGGCAGGGAUGUCUGUCAACUACGCGGCGGGUUUGUCCCCAUAUCCAGAUAAAGGCAAAUGCGGGUUACCUGAGAAAUUUGACACUCCAGAAGAACUGGAAAGAAAGGUGCUAGAAUUAGCAGAGCUGGUAAAGCAAGCUUCCUGUGUUGUGUUUCAUACUGGUGCUGGAAUUAGCACAUCAUCUGGUAUUCCUGAUUUCAGGGGCCCGCGUGGAGUGUGGACAAUGGAGGAGCAGGGACUUGUGCCGAAGUUUGACACCACCUUUGAGGAUGCCAGGCCUUCAAAGACUCACAUGGCGUUAGUGGAGCUAGAGAGAGUUGGAAUUCUGAAGUUCCUCAUUAGUCAGAAUGUAGAUGGCCUGCAUGUGCGCUCGGGCUUUCCACGGGACAAGCUGUCUGAACUCCAUGGCAACAUGUUUGUAGAAGAAUGUCUGAAGUGUGGCAAACAGUAUGUGAGAGACCAUGUGGUAGGAACCAUGGGCCUGAAACUUACUGGUAGAUUGUGCGAUGUUGCCAAGUCCAGAGGGCUGCGUGCCUGCAGAGGAAAGUUGCGAGAUUCCGUUUUGGACUGGGAGGAUUCUUUGCCUGAUCGUGAUCUCAGUCUGGCAGAUGAAGCUUGCAGAAAAGCAGAUUUGGCAAUCACUUUGGGAACCUCCUUGCAGAUCAAGCCAAGUGGCAAUCUACCUUUGACUACGAAAAGAAAAGGUGGAAAGUUGGUAAUUGUUAAUCUGCAGCCUACAAAACAUGAUAAGCAAGCUGACCUGAGAAUAUCAGCAUAUGUAGAUGAUGUUAUGGUCCAACUUAUGAAGUUACUUGGCUUGGAGAUCCCACCAUGGGAUGGACCAGUUGCAGUGGAGUCGUCAAGAAACAGCAUAAAUACUACUCUGAAGUCUGAAGCAGUAAUUAAGCCCGACAUGGAUGUCAAGUUCAAACCCAUUGUGGACAUCAAGUUCACACCUGAAGAACACCACCAUUCAGAACAAAAUGGCAUCCACAAAUAUCCUAACAGAACAGAGUCUGAGGGUGACUGUGCUACAGAAGAUAGCUCAGAAUGUCCGGCAGAUGAUUGUGACAUUAUAUGCUGUAAUUCAGCAGAAGCCAAACGAGCAAAACUGGAACCCAUUGCUACCUGAGUUUUGAAGGAAGUUAAGAACUGUGAUUUUUUUUAUACUGGUUUGUAAUAAUACUGGCAGUUUUUAAAGGAAACUGCAUUUGCAGCAUACCAAGAAACAUUACAAUAUACUCUGUGCAUUCUUGGCAGGGCCUUAUACUUUUCCACUAGAUGGGCAUUGCUGUCCACACCUUUGCCAAUCACAGUCAUUUUUUUCAUUGUCUUCUUUUUUUACCACAUCCUUUUCUGAGCACUUCUAAAUGUACACAUGGGAUCAUUAGUACAAGAAAUGUCUUACCACUGCAAGUACCAGUUUCCUGAUGACGUAUUCAUUUCAUCAGCUGUGUGACUGCGUAUUCUCCUUCUUUAGUAUUUAAAUCACUUUCUAGUAUUAAAUGUAAGGAGAAAUUAGUAUUUGUCCACUCUCUGUUCUUUUUAUCCUUUGAAUUAAUCCAGCUACAUAAAAUUUGGUUGAUUUUUAGCACAAAACUGUAAACCUUGUAACAGUGGGCCAGGAUUUGAUUUUCACAAUUACCAAAAGGAAGCAGACAGAGCGACACAUAUUUCUGUUGCACGGUGUCAUUUCUGCUAUAGAUUUAUGUACUUAAGACAGAGAGCGACACAUAUUUCUGUUGCACGGUGUCAUUUCUGCUAUAGCUUUAUGUACUUAAUGAAGCCAGUGUUGCUUCACUGUAGUUUAUAUGGGGUUUGGGUGCUGUUGUAAGGAACAGGAGUAUAAGGUGCCAUUUGCAUGAAACCAGUAGAGCAUUUACUCAUAUUUUACAGCUGUUUUCUGUUGUGGUAGGACCCCCAGCACCCCAACCGUGAUCACCCCUAGAGUCACUGUAUCUUAUGGAUAAUUAAAAUUCCCUCUGCUAUCAUGAA